CCGCCCGGCAGCGCGGCGACCCCGGCCCGCCAUGGGGCCCGCCCGCGCCGGUUACCUGGCGCCCUGGUGGGCGGCCUGGCUGCACGGGCUCCCGCACCGCGGCCCGCGCCUGCAGCCCGUGCCCAGCACCUUCCGCCCGCAGGACCCCGACUACCAGCAGUCGCUGCUUGUCCUGGGCUUGGUGGCCGCCGUGUGCCUCGGCCUGAACCUCCUCUUCCUCACCGUGUACCUGAUCUGCCUGUGCUGCUGCAAGAGGGACCAGGACCCCGAGAGCAAGCGACCCCACUCGUGUUGUGUCACCUGGAUGGCCGUCACCGCCGGGCUCAUCUGCUGUGCCGCCGUUGGCAUCGGCUUCUACGGGAACAGCGAGACCAACGACGGCGUUUUCCAGCUGCUCUAUGCCCUGGACCACGCCAACCAGACCCUCACUGGCAUCGACUCCCUGGUUGCCAGCACCACGCUGCAGAUGCAGGGAGCGCUGGAGCAGCACCUGGCACGGCUGAACGAGCUGCUGGCCUCGCGGGGGGAUUACGUGCAGACCCUCAAGUUCACCCAGCAGCUGGCUGGCAGCAUUGUCCUGCAGCUCCAGGGGCUGCCAGCCUGGCAGGGGGUCAGCGCUGAGCUCACCGAGCUGUCGGGACAGGUGGCCUAUGUCGAGUAUUACAGGUGGUUGGCUUACCUGCUCUUCUUCAUCCUCGUCCUCACCGUCUGCCUGCUGGCCUGCCUGGGGCUGGCCAAGCACUCCCGCUGCCUCCUGCUCCUGAUGCUGUGCUGUGGGCUGCUCAUGCUGGUCCUCAGCUGGGCCUCCAUGGCCGUGGACACGGCGGCUGCGGUGGGCACCAGCGACUUCUGCGUGGCCCCGGACAAGUUCAUCAUGAACCAGACAGAUGAUGAGAUCAGCGCAGAGGUGGUUCAUUAUUACCUGUACUGUGACCAGAGCCUGAGCAGCCCCUUCCAGCAGGCCCUCACCGUGUUCCAGCGCUCGCUGACCACCAUGCAGAUCCAGAUCCAGGGGCUCAUCCAGUAUGCACUGCCCGUCUUCCCCACAGCUGAGAAAGACCUGCUGGGGGUCCAGCAGCUCCUCAACUCCUCGGAGACCAGCCUGCACCAGCUGACGGCCCUGCUGGACUGCCGGGGGCUGCACAAGGAUUACCUGGACGGCCUCAUCGGGAUCUGCUACGACGGCCUGGAGGGGCUGCUCUACCUGGGGCUCUUCUCCCUGCUGGCGGCCGCCGCCUUCUCCACGGUGAUCUGCGCGGCCCCGCGCGCCUGGCAGCAGCUGGCCGGGCGGGAGCGGGACUACGACGACAUGGACGAGGAGGACCCGUUCAACCCCGCGGCGCGGCGCAUGGCCGCGCACCGCCCGCCGCGGGGGCAGCUGCGCAGCUUCUGCAGCUACAGCAGCAGCCUGGGCAGCCAGAGCAGCCUGCAGCCCCCGGCGCAGACCGUGUCCAACGCCCCCGUCUCCGAGUACAUGAACCAGGCCGUGCUCUUCGGAGGGAACCCCCGCUAUGAGAACGUGCCCCUCAUCGGGAGGGGGUCUCCUCCCCCCACGCAGUGCAACCCCUCCCAGCCAGGAUAUGGCUCCAGGAAUGCUGCCGUAGCAGGAAUACUGUCACUCUCCUCCAGGGAGGAUUUUUUCCAUCAGUACUCCCCGAGCAUGAGAGCCACGUACCUGGCGGUCACCGAUGAGCACGUCCGGCACCGCGGCGACUUCCCAGCCUAGGAGGGGACACCAAAGAGCCCGGAUGGGGAGAGCAGAGCUCGGGGUAGGAGCCACGGCGGGGCUGGGGGUCGAGCCCGGAGCCCCCCAGCACCCCCUGCCCUGGGCAGCCCCACACCCUGCCGCCUUAGGGGCUCCUGGGAGUGCAGAGGGGGCUGCGGGGGCUCCUCCUGUCCCUGCGGAAGGUUCUGGAGCACAAAGCCCACGCCACGCUGCCCUGGGGCUCCCCUAGCAAUGCAGCACCAACCACUAGUGAUCCCCAGCCCUUCCCAGCCCCCCCUCGCAUCCCAGGAUGAGGGAUUUGGGAUGCUUUGGCCCUGCUGGUUUUCCUUCGCUUUGCCCCCGGGGUUUGGGAGGUGCUGGCUCUGUUCAGAGGGGGGUCGCUGCAGUGGGGUUUGUGGCGGGUUUUGGGGUGGGUUUAGGCUCUUUUUGUCUCCCCAGGGCAGGUGUGGGCUGGGGCAGGCUCCCCUCCUCCUGCACCUCCCUGGAGCGGUCACAAAUCCCCUGGGAGAGGGACAGGAGCUGCUGGGGCAUCCCUGGGAAGGGACAACGUGGACCUGCCACCUGGAGGCUCAGCCAGCAUUUCCAGGGCUCCAGGGUGAGGAGCUGAGAGAGCCGUACGAGCUGAACCCGGCCCUUUGGGGCUGCCCUUUGGCACACGGAUCCCAGGGAAAGGCCCCUUCCCCUUGGAGCAGGGAUGGACCCCCUGCCCCAUCCACCCAGACCCCAAAGGACAGGGACCCCCCAGGGCCAGGACAUCCCCCUGACUCCCCCUCUCCAUAUUCCCCGUGACUAGCAUCCCUCCCCUUGGGGAAUAUCCCGAGGGAUUUUUUUAUUUCUUUGGCUUUUAACGUUUCCAUGUAACGGUACUGUAGAAGAGCUGUUGUAACCGCAUGUGAACUAACCGAGGGGCUCCGGCUGGGAGCUGAAAUCCGGCUGGAUUUGUUUGUGCCCUUUUGGGAGGAAAGAUAAUAAACACUUGGACUAAA